GCUCAGGCUGAGCUCGCUGCAGACGGUGGCUGCGUUGGAGCUCCGCGCACAGGGACAGGCUUCUUCAUCAGACCUUUCUACAAGAUGAUGCUGGGGAAGCCCAUAACCCUGAAGGACAUGGAGUCAGUGGAUAGUGAAUACUACAACUCUCUGAAGUGGAUCCUGGAAAAUGACCCCACCGAGCUGGAUCUCACGUUUUGCAUAGAUGAGGAAAACUUUGGGCAGACAUAUCAAGUGGACCUGAAGCCCAACGGGUCCGAAAUGAUGGUAACAAAUGAAAACAAGCGGGAAUACAUUGACCUGGUCAUCCAGUGGCGAUUUGUCAACAGAGUGCAGAAAGAAAUGAAUGCCUUUCUGGAGGGAUUCACAGAACUGCUUCCUAUCGACCCGAUUAAAAUUUUUGAUGAAAAUGAGCUGGAGUUACUGAUGUGUGGCCUUGGUGGCGUGGAUGUCAGCGGCUGGAGACAACACACCAUCUACAAAAAUGGUUACUGCCCAAAUCACCCUGUUAUCCGGUGGUUCUGGAAGGCUGUGCUGCUGAUGGACGCUGAGAAGCGGAUCCGGCUGCUGCAGUUCGUGACCGGGACGUCCCGCGUGCCCAUGGACGGGGCGGGACAGGGGCGGGACCGGGCAGUCCCAGAAGGCAGAGCCCGGGAGGAACCGGGAUGA